ACCAUGUGGGAAGAAGAUGAUGAUGACACGUGUUGGAAUAACCUGGAGAACUUCCGGGUGAAGCUGAUCUCUGUGAUAGAUCCUUCCCGUAUUACACCCUAUCUCCGCCAGUGCAAAGUCAUCAGCCACGAUGAUGAGGAACAGGUUCUUAAUGACCCCAGCCUGGUCAUGCGCAAGCGGAAGGCGGGUGUUCUUCUGGACAUUCUUCAGCGAACAGGACACAAAGGCUUUGAGGCAUUUCUGGAGAGUCUUGAGCUUUAUUAUCCGCAACUGUAUAAGAAAAUAACGGGCAAGGAGCCCAGCAGGGUGUUCUCAAUGAUUAUAGACACCGCGGGAGAGUCCGGCCUGAGCCAGCUCCUGAUGAACGAGAUCAUGAAGCUGCAGAGCACCGUGCAGGAGGAGCGGCGGAAGGCCCAGGAGCUCACCAUGUGGCUGCACACCAAAGAGGACACGAUCAGAGAGAUGUGGGUGAGGGACAGCCUGCUCCGCAAGCAUCAGGAGCGGGCGCAGAAGAUGAAGGAGGAGAGGGACAGCCUGAGCAAGGAGCUGCGGAAGUGCAAGGAUGAGAACUACAACCUGGCAAUGAGCUACGCCACGCAGAGCGAGGAGAAGAGCGCUGCCCUCAUGAAGAACCGGGACCUGAUCCUAGAGAUCGACCACUUGAAGCACAGCCUCAUGAAGGCAGAGGAUGACUGCAAACUGGAGCGGAAGCACACGAUGAAGCUGAAGCACGCCAUUGAGCAACGGCCGAGCCACGAGGUGAUUCAGGAGCUGGAGAACACUCUCCAGCAGGUUGCUAGGGAACAGAAUUUGGAGAAGAGCCUUUCCAAGGAGACCCUGGAGAAUGGCUGUAGCCAGAUACUGGAAGAACGCCGGGAGCUGAUGAACACCAUUUACAGCCUCCGCAAGGAGCUGCGGCAAGCCGAGGUGCUCCAAGACAAAUGUGCAGAGGAAAAAGAGAUGCUGGAACUGCAGUGCACGUCUCUGAGGAAGGACUCCCAGAUGUACAAAAAACGGAUUGAAGCUGUCUUGCAGCAGAUGGAGGAAGUGGCUUCAGAAAGAGACCAGGCGCUCCUGACCCGAGAACAGUUCUACAUGCAGUACUCCAAGAAUCUGGUGGAGAGGGACGCUUACCGCAAGCAGAUCCGGGAGCUGGGGGAGCGAUGCGAUGAAAUGCAGCUGCAGCUCUUCCAAAAGGAAAGUCAGUUGCUGGCUACUGAAGCCAAGCUGAAAAGGUUGCAACUGGAGCUACCCACACCGACCUCUGACCUGGAUGAUACCUCCUCCAGAGAUUCCCAGGAACUUACUCUUCACGGUCAUCUAGAGGAAGAUGCACAGCCGACUAAAAAAGAUUGCUCUGAAGGACAAACCCAGCAAUUUAGCACUCGAGAGAGCAGUCUGCCUCCGAAGUCACCCAGUUUCAAGGAGUGUGGCUUAGCCAACGAGGAACUGGCAGAAAAGGAGCGGAGGAGGAUGAAGGACUGCUUUGAGCGUUACCGAAGAAAAAGAGCGAUGCGAAGGGUACCGAAGGACCGGCACCACGAGGCGGACUGGGAGAACACCACCGGCAGCGACAACACCGACACCGAAGGCUCCUGA